CUGCUUUCCUCCAGGAGCCCACGGUGGAUCCGCACACACACAUCCAGCACCACCGGGAGAGCUCGACGGAAACUGCGCCUGCUCGGCUGUUAUCGCCUUCUUCAUGGGACAAAACAAGACUUCUUCUGUGCCAGAGAUCAUGGGAGGCUGCUAACUCGGCCCACCAGCUGAAGGAACCCCACUAGAGUAGCCUGAACACACCGGUUGGUGCUCAGCGAGAGGUCUGAACAUGGCCGCCCAUCGAAUCAGAGCCACCACUACCAACAACACUUCUCUGCCACGCUGCAAGUCCGAGGGGACGCUCAUCGAUCUCAGUGACGGAGUGUCAGAAGCCAGUCUGAAUGAUGUCAAAGUGCCUUCUCCCAGUGCCUUACGACUGGAUGCGACUGCCUCCUUUGGCGCUGCCAGGGAAGUCGUUGCCAUUAAGGACUACUGCCCAUCCAGCUUCACCACCCUGAAGUUCUCUAAAGGGGACCGCCUCUAUGUUCUGGACUCGUCGGGAGGAGAGUGGUGGUACGCCCACAACAACACAGAGAUGGGUUACAUCCCUGCAGCAUAUGUGGAGCCCAUCAACUACAGAGACUCGUCAUUCAGCGACAGCGGGAUGAUUGACACUGUGGGAGACUGUAACGAGGAGGCAGCCAAAGAAAUGGACCUUCUAGGAGAGUGGGCAGGGGUGAUCCUGAAACCAACCACCUUCCAAAACGGAAAUCCUUUUGCAACAACCCAUACCUCUACAAACCCUUUCCUAAAUGGGGGUCCUCAGAGCUCACUUGAUCAGAACAGUAAUGAGAAAUCAGUUGACCUUCUUCUGUUUGAUACGCUCACUCCAUCAGUGCCCAACUCCACCAGCAGCACCGCCAUCAAUGGUUUUGGCAGUGGCGUUUUUAACCCGCUCAGUCCCACUGCAGGGGUGGGGCAAACAUUGCGCAGAGACAACCCGUUUUUUAGAAGCAAACGGUCCUACAGUCUGUCUGAGCUGUCCAUCCUGCAGGCUCAGUCCGACGCCCCUCAGGGCUCCUCUGGUUUUUUCGGGGGCCUGAAAGCACCGGCGCCAGAGCAGUUCAAGAGCAGGGAGGACUUCCGGACAGCGUGGCUCACCCACCGCAAGCUAGCCAGGUCCUGUCAUGACUUGGACUCACUGGGUCAGAGCCCAGGCUGGGGCCAGACCCAACCGGUGGAGACCAACAUUGUCUGUCGGCUGGACAGCUCAGGAGGGGCUGUCCAGCUUCCGGACACCAACAUCAGCAUCCAUAUACCCGAGGGCCAUGUGGCCCUGGGGGACACCCAGCAGAUUUCUAUCAAAGCUCUGCUCGACCCGCCACUAGAGCUGAACAACGACCGCUGCACCACCGUCAGCCCUGUGGUUGAGAUCAAACUCAGCAACAUGGAGACCAAAACCACCAUAACCCUGGAGAUGAAAGUGUCCGUCGUGGUGAAAAUGGAGAGCAGGGAAACGACAGAAGUCUUGUGUGUCAGGAGUGAUUGUAAAGAAGGACCUUACACUCCCAUUCCUCAGGCGUACAUGUAUGGGGACACAGUCCAGGUGUGCCUGGAUAACCUGGAACCGUGCAUGUAUGUGUGUGUUGUGGCUCAGUCACAGUCUUUGUCUCCAGACUCCACAGUUUGGGAGCAUGUGGUUAAAAAGAUCACCUUAGGAGUAUACGGUCCCAAACACAUUCACCCGUCCUUCAAGACAGUCGUGGCUAUGUUCGGCCAUGACUGUGCCCCAAAGUCAUUACUGGUGAAUGAGGUAGGCAAGCAGGCGCAGUCUGCUCCAUCAGUAGUGUUGCAGCUGUGGGGUAAACACCAGUUUGUCUUGUCCAAACCGCAGGACCUCCGUGUUGGAGUUUACUCUAACAUGGCCAACUAUGAGGUAAAGGCUAGCGACCAGGCCAGAGUGGUGCGAGGCUUCCAGGUCAAACUAGGCAAAGUCAGCCGGCUUGUCUACAUCAUUUCCUCGCGCAACACUGAAGAUGUUUCUGACUUCACCUUAAGGAUCCAGGUCAAAGACGACCAAGAUUGUAUUCUGGCUCAGUUUUGUGUCCAGACGCCAACACCGCCACCCAAAGCAGGCCCAAAGACAUCAGUGCAACGGCGCUUCCUGAAGAAGAAGGAGGUGGGUAAGAUCGUCUUGUCUCCUCUCGCCAUCGCCACCAAGUACCCUGUGUUUCAGGACAGGAGAAUUAAUAACCUGAAGUUUGGAAAAUUAAUCAAAACCGUCAUCCGACAAACAAAAAAUCAGUACUUGCUGGAGUACAAAAAAGGAGACUUUGUAGCUCUGUUGAGUGAAGAGAAGAUCAAGCUGAAGGGCCAGCUGUGGACAAAAGAAUGGUACAUUGGAUAUUAUCAGGGCAAAAUGGGAUUUGUUCAUGCGAAGAAUGUGCUGGUGGUUGGCAAAGUGAAGCCCAUUUACUUCAGCGGGCCCGACCUCACGACAUCACUGUUACUGGAGCAGAUACUGAAGCCCUGCAAGUUCCUCACGUACAUCUACGCCUCUGUAAGAACUAUACUGAUGGAGAACAUCGGCAACUGGAGAGCGUUUGCCGACGCCCUUGGAUAUGUCAACCUGCCCUUGACUCAUUUCUGCCGCGCAGAGCUGGACAGUGAGCCUGAGCGGGUCGCAUCGGUGCUGGAGAAGCUUAAGGAGGACUGCAACAAUGCAGAGAGCAAAGAGCGCAAGUCCUUCCAGAAAGAGCUCCUGACGGCUCUGUUGAAGAUGGACUGUCAGGGUCUUGUGGCCAGACUGGUCAUGGACUUUGUCCUCCUGACCACAGCGGUGGAGGUGGCCGGACGCUGGAGGGAGCUGGCCGAGAGGCUCGUCAAGGUGUCACGGCAGCAGAUGGAUGCUUACGAGGCGCCGCAUCGUGACAAGAACGGGGUGGUGGACAGUGAGGCCAUGUGGAAGCCGGCGUAUGACUUCCUGGUCACGUGGGCCGCUCAGAUUGGCGACAGCUACAGAGACGUGAUCCAGGAGCUGCACAUGGGCUUAGACAAGAUGAAGAACCCCAUCACCAAACGCUGGAAGCACCUGACCGGCUCGCUCAUCCUGGUCAACUGCCUGGACGCCCUGCGAAGCUCCGCCUUCAGCCCUGCCGCUCAGGAUGACUACGCCAUCUGAAAGCCUCUCCCUCACCGCCCCUUGUUAAUCCUGCUGGUGUUUCCCUCCCCACACCAGCUCACCUCGCUCUCCUGGAGCUUCUGAAAAGUUACACAGUUUGAAAUGCUGCAUAUCAGCUGUCUGCUCACUCUGAAUGCCACUACUGCUGUCGUGUGUUGUGCUGUUCCUGCGGUGCUGCCUUCAGCUCCUCGUGCCCAGGGGAACGUCGCCGGACCGCCCCCGCAUCUCCGCGGCUGCCGGCCAAACAACACAGUGCUGUACGGAGCUCGCAGUAUUCACAAAGACUCUUUUAAUAGUUCCUGUCUUGCAUAGUUCUGUAUUUUUGUACUCUUGUUAUGGCACAGCGUUUUUUAAAGCAACACUUUGAACCCUUUGGUUAAGAACUUCUGGAUCGAACGCCAAGACAGACACUUUUUCAAGAAAAGACACUUUUAGAUAUCGUAUCCUUGUUACCGUAGCCUUGUCACAUGUGUCCAAUCUGUUCUAUUUAUUUGUACAUCAAAGAGAAAAGUCACUUUUUCUUCUUUUCUUCAGGUUCUCUCUCUCACUGUGGUCCCGCUCAUUUCACACAUCCAAAUAUUCGGCUGUCAGUCUGUGUGUUUAACACCUGGCACCGAAGAAAACAGAAUCAUUCUUUAAUCCUGUUUGAAUGAAGCUCUCCAAUAGUGCCAAAAUAUUUAGUCAGUUAAUUGAAUUGUCAUUGAACAGGAGGUUAAUCAACAGCAGAUUAAAUGUCUAGAUUCAUUGGAUUUAAAUCCUCUCUGGUUUCAGCUUCUCAGAUGUGAGAAUUCGCUGCUUUCUCUUUUAUAUUCUCAUUAACAAGAUGUUUGUUGGUUGGACAAAACAAGUCCUUUGGAAAUUAUUUCUGACAUUUUUCUCAGUUUUCUGACUAAACCAUUCUUGUAUCGAGCCACACAGUUCAUCUUUGACCCAAACAGCCGUUGAAGAAACAGGCUCAACUCAAGAUCUACUCACUCACUUCUUCUGGUGCUUUUGACCAAAUCUCAGGUUCUUCAUCAGCAGAUUCAGUUCACUCAGUCUCUCCAUGAUUGUGAGUUUAAGGCUCAAUCCCAAUACACCCCUUGCCCCUACCACGUAGCCCUUACAGGGUUGGGUACUGAACUCGAUACCGACUGAAUAAUGUCAGUACUACCAAGUGCUGGCUUGUGUAAAAUCAAUUGGUGGCAAAUUUCAGUCCCAAAGGACGCAUCUAAUGACACCACUGGUAUCAGACAGGAGGCGGAAGCACCAAGAAGCCACUCAUAGAACUCCCCAGUUUAGGGCGCUUCUCAGUGGAGCAAAGGAAGCUCUCUGGAGCUGUCAGGCUCAGAAAGGAAGCAUAAGUGCCACAAAAUUUCUCAAAGAAAGGGAGAAGGCCAAACUCCAGAGGCUGCCUUAACUAUCACUGCAGCGUCGAUACUUUUGGUGUCUGGUCUAUUUUCUUUUCUAUUUGAUUUUGGGAACAGCCAAGUAUCACGGCUUUCUCAGUUGUGUCUAAACAGAGAUCAAGAGAGACGAGUGCACAACACACAGACAAGCAGACAGACAGACAGACAGACAGACAGACAGAUAGAUUGUGCUUCUCAAAGUCAAGGAUGCUUCCUGGGUAGGAAAGGUCCUUCCAAAUCGGGUCCCACAGAGGCUAGACAAGACUCCUUCCUAGCAUUCGGUGAACACACAUUGGAACAGGCUGGUGAGUGCCCAGAUGUGCCUCACUGAAGAGGCCCCGCCUUCAAUUCUGGCAAAUCAUGUGCAAAGCAUUAUGGGCAGCUUAUACCUGCAAAGGAUACACACAUGCAUCUUUGAAAAUUCCCUGAAGGAAGGACUCGGUCCUCAUUAGAUUUCGAAGGAUCCUUGACAUUGGAACAGUCCUUCCGCAGAGUUGGAUGAGGUAGCCUCUUUGACAUUCAGCCAUUAAGGAUUCUUCCACAGCUGAAUAUUCAACAUAAAAGCUCCAAGAUGGUUAUAUGAUCAAAUUUGAAAUUCAAACAGAUUUUAUUAGUUGUAGUUUAUUGAAAGCAUCUUAAAAUCUUCAAUCUACUCCACUUUGAAAUUCUACUGCUCUCCAUGCUUUCAUCUAAGCUUUAGACAGCCUGUACGUAAUUUUAAUUUCUGUAAAAAAAUUUUUUUACAUCUGACAGUAUUACAGUUUAGCCUCUAGCUUUUCUAGCAAUGUAAUUCAGCUGUGCGCUUCUUUAGGUAAUGAAAUCCAGCUUCCAGCUCCAGUUUUACAGUUCAGUUUGCAGGUUUUCCAGCAGUGAAGUGCAACAUGUUUGUUUUACUUUCUGCAGGAAAUUCACGCAUUUUCUAGUUUAAUGACUUGUUUGAUCGAUUGUGUGAAAUGUUACUGUGAUAAGGUCACUAUUGCCAUAGUUGUAAAUGCCAUCGAUAAUGUCACUGAUGACUAUAGGGUCUUGAUGGGGUGACCCAUUUCAUAGCGGAAGAUUUCAACCACUACCCCGUGUAACCUUUCCAAGGGGCAAAGGGGAACUCAAAAUCAAGGGGUAGGGGUAAAAAAAUAAAUGGAACUGGGCCUAAGUCAAUAUGGAUGAAAAAUCUGCCCGAGACUAAGAGCUCCAGAACAAGUGAGUGAGUAGACUGAGUUAGAAUUCGUCGACGAUUAAUAAGUUUUUUGAUUAAUCAAUUAAAGAUUUUCAGCCUUACCUCCUCACAAACUGUCUCCACUCUUGUCUCCACUCUUUGCUGUCUCUUGCCUGUUCUUCUUUUGUCCCAUCAAAGUACCUUUUACCAAAGCUUGCCAAAACUGACUCCAGCUCUACACACACGACCUUGUACAAUGUUGAGACCACUGUUGUGAUGACACUGUCUGUCAAAGCUUCUGGUUCAGUUUUGUCUCAGUGCUGCAUACUGUAUAAUGUGGUGACUUUGAAAACCUUUUUGUGACUGCAUACUUUUGUGGAAAAGACUCUAAAUAAAAUGUAAAUAUUUGUACACACAA